UCAAGCCACUUUGCCCCGCUGUAGCACCCAGCUGGAGCAAGCAAAUACUCACCCAGUACACGAGAGAUUACCCGUAACUCGUAACUCAUCUUUUGGGGCACACUUGUGUGUUCCUUUCCCACUCUAGCACCCCAGACACUUCGCAAUGGCGCAGUCGCUGGUCGAGAAGGUCUCCUCCAUCCGGCGUUCCCAGCACGGGCCCGUCGUGUGUGUCCUCCUGCUCCUGAUCCCGUUCUGCCUCUGUGACAUGUUUGCCAGUGAGAUCGUCAGGAAUUUCCAGACCGAGCUCAUGACCUUGCUGCUGCUGGCCGCUGCCUACUUCGUCGGUUUUUCCGACGCGAAUGCGCGACCACACGGAGCGCCAAACGGGAAGGCGGUUGCAGCAAAGAAGAUGUCGCCGCCGAAGGCUGCGCCCCCAGCUGGCGACUAUCAAGCCAGGCAGCAGCCAGUCAGGACCGUGGGGCGUUUGGCAUCGCAGAUCCCUCGUAACGCCACUGGUGUUUCUGGUCCGCCCAAAGACGCAUGGAGCUCCCAAGAAGAGGCUCACGAGGCCAUCAAGAGGCUGUCGCCCAUGAAGGUAUCAGAGCAGAAAGAAGCAGAUAUGCAGGUUCUCGCCCAGGCAAAACAGGGUCAUAUUGCCCCAGAUGCUUCGACAUACUCCAAGAUCAUGGACGCUUGCAAUCGGUUGAACCAUGUGGAGAUGGCGCUGGAAUUGUACAGUGAAAUGCUUCAGAAGGGCGUCCCCUACGACACCGAGCAUCAGUUGAUAAGCAGCCACAUCGUGAGCAAAUUCUUCAAGCUCGUCGCAGAGAACCUCGACGAGAAGCGCAUGAGGGAGACAGGACUCCAGCUUCUGGAUAUAAUUCAAGCUCAUAAGGUGGCGCCGACAAACGCAGUCCAGAAUUGCCUCAUCUGCUCUUGGAAGAGCAAGCUUCCAGACGAUGUGUUGAAGGUCUUUGUGAAGCUGAGGGCGCAGGGCGUCAGUCUCAGCUCGACAGCGUACCGUUGCAUCAUGGCUGCUUACGAGCGAACCGAGCCGGAGCGCACACUGAAGCUCUACGACGAGAUGGUCGAGCGAGGGGUCAAGCUUGACAGGGUGGCGUAUAAUGCCGCGCUGUGCGCCUGUUCGCAUCUCGGCAUGGCUGACCAGGCCCUGGAGCUGUUUGAGAAGAUGCCCGAGCACUCGCUGGUUCCCAACGGCAAGACCUAUGGCGCAGUGAUCAAGGCCUGCACCUCCACCGGCAAGAUGAAGGAGGCCGUGGACCUCUUCGACUCCAUGCGCGAGGCGGGCAUCGAACCCAAUCAGUUCGCCUUCCACGACGCGAUCCAGAGCUGUGUCAGGAUACGAAGGGUUGGGAGGGCUGUCGCCCUGUACGGUGAGAUGGCCCGGGCGGGCGUGCCCCCGUGCGACAAGACCUUCGCAUACCUGAGCAAGGAGUGCCUCAAGCGUGGCCUCAAGGAGAUCGCGGACCAGAUCUCGCAGGACGGCGCCGACAGCAAGGCCGCGCAGGCGCGGGGCGAGCGGCCGCCGGCGCCGAGGCCCCCGCCGGGGCUCGAGGAGCUGCUGCGCCGCGAGGGCACGGAGGCCGCCGGCGACGCCGUGGACGCGGGGCCCGCGUGAGGCGCCACGGGGUGCCCGCGCGGCACGGAGCUCCUCGCCCGGUGGCCGCCUGCCCGCCAGCGCCCGCGUAAGCCUCCUGCCCCGCGGGGCACGGAGCGGCGCGGCGCCGCUCGCUGACAGCCAGAGCCCUGCGGCUUUGGCCGUGCUGCGGCCCUGCCCUGGUGGAUCUGCCCUGCUCCCGAGGAGGGGGAGGAGGAGGAGGAUAGGACCUGGACACUGCCUCGCAAUGCAGGAGGCCCCCGUAGCGCCUUCGGGUCCGCUGUGGCCGCAGUGGCGCCGCGCGCGCGUCCGUUGCCGACACAGCAUGACCUGCUUGGCGCAAGACUGGCGUACAUCGCGAGCUGCUUGCAGCAUGCUGCUGAACGCGAUUUGAAGCGUUUGAAGAGAUGCAACCCGGCGCUGGGUCCGUGGCGGGGUGGCCGUCCGAAGCGCCCAUGGGUGCCCUUGGACAAUCAGGCAGAUCCUCCCCUCCCCCAGCCGGCGCGCCCAAAUGCAGUCGACAUCCCCUGGCCUUUUACCGCUCGGCUUGCUCUGGUCCUCCUUGGGGUUGUAGAGGUAGAGAUUCGUGGACGCUGCUCAGCAGCCGCGAACCCAUAAUGCUCCUCGUGCUCCUCCUCGUGCCGUGUCUGCUUGACUGUUCCUGGGCACUCGGUGGCCCUCGGGCCUGCCGACCGGCCCCGGCGCGCUUGGGUGCCCACUUCGAGGCCCGAGAACGGCCACGCAGCGCCCGGUCCCGGUCGCCCCCCGUGGCAAAGGCCCGGGGCGCCCGGGACCCCAAGAUCCGCGGGCAGUGCCAAGGGGCCCAGGGGAUCGAAGAUUUCCCUUUCGGAAAUCCUCCUAAAGGGGGCCACCAGUGGGGUGGGUGGGGGGCCGCCCGCUCCUGCUGCAGCGGCGACCCCCCUCUCAGCAUUGCCCGCCCGAUACCGCGGAUGGAUUCCGCGGUAUAUGAACUGGAUGCGGCUGGCCCUGGCUACUUAUGCAAAGGUGGUCGUCCGCACGGAUAGUGCGCGCGCG